CAGAGGCUACGGCCGAGAUUCCCAAAAUGGCAAGUGUUGAGAAAUUUCCUUUUCAUGUGCCACGUUUAGAAGAGCUUGCUGGAGUUCUACAGAAUGGACUUAAAAAUAAUUUUGCUGAUGUCCAGGUCUCCGUAGUUGAUUGCCCUGAUCUGUCUAAGGAACCAUAUACAUUUCCUGUUAAAGGGAUCUGUGGGAAACCGAGAAUUGCAGAAGUAGGUGGGGUUCCUUACCUCCUGCCUCUUGUGAAUAGAGAAAAGGUUUAUGAUAUGAAUACUGUUGCAAAGCAAAUUGAUCUUCCUGGGGCUUUCAUUCUUGGAGCAGGAGCAGCUCCAUUUCAGACUCUUGGGAUCAAUGCUGAGUUUAUGCCAGUUGUCCAGACUCAAAGUGAUCACAAGCCUGCUGUGAAUGGAAGCUACUUUUCCCAGAUUAACCCUGCAGAUGGAGGGUGCCUGCUAGAGAAAUAUAGUGAGAAAUACAAUGACUUUGGAUUUGCCUUACUGGCUAAUCUCUUUGCUAGUGAAGGCCAGCCUGGCAAGGUCAUUGAAGUAAAAGCCAAAGGAAGAACUGGAAAGUACAAUUUUGUGACUUGUAUGAGACAAACUCUUGAAAAGCAUUAUGGAGAUAAACCUGUAGGGAUGGGAGGAACAUUUGUUGUUCAAAAAGGAAAAGUAAAGAUUCAUAUCAUGCCCACAGAAUUUUCUUCUUGCCCACUGAACUCUGAUGAGGAUGUGAAUAAUUGGUUGCAUUAUUUUGAAAUCAAGGCUCCUUUGGUUUGUCAGCCAAUUUUUGUUUCUUGAGACCC